AUGGGAGAGAUGACAGGAAUCAACCCUCCCUGCAUGGAUUGGGCAUCCAAAGAUUUGCCGACUGAAUUUAGAAAUUUUCAAUACUAUUGUGAGUUGAUAUUUUCAGGGCCGCUUAACAAGAAGUCUGACCAAGAGAAAUGUACAUACAUCCUGUUGUGGCUGGGUCAAGAGGGUAUCAGGAUUCACAAAUCCUGGGGAAAGGACUUCAAGACCCCAGCUGAGGUCUUCGAAGCUUUCAUAAAACAUUUCGAACCAAAGACCAAUUUCCGUCUGGCAAGAUUUCAGCUGCAGAAAUUGGCACAGGAACCAGCCGAAGCCAUAGACGACUUCAUGGCCAGAUGCAAAAUACAAGCACAAAAAUGCAAGUUUGCGGACAUUGAACUUGAAGGUCGCCUCAUAGAACAGAUCGUCAUUGGCACCUCAAGCAAGAAGGUACAGCAAACAUUGUUGGCCAAGGAUGAGAAACUGACGUUAAAUACAGCUUUGGACAUCGCCAGAACCCAGGAGGCAACUGAGGCGGAUAUGAAACUCCUUCAUGGUCAAGCCGUCAACGUUGAUAUGACGAAGCAACAUAUCCAAAGGAAGAAACAGUGCUCAUUCUGUGGACUGAACCAUCCACCGAGGAAGUGCCCUGCUUAUGGCACCAAAUGCAGAAACUGUGAUAAAAUGCAUCACUGGGAGAAAUGCUGCCGACUGAAGAAACAGGAACAAGAAUCUAAACAGCAGUGGCAAAGGAAACAAGAAGCUACAAAGACAUAUCCGAAAAGGUCGCAAGCACAGAGAUCAAAGAGACUCCAUGAGAUGAAAGAAGAGGAAGAAACAGAAGAAACUGACGACAUGCGGUUUGAGACCAUCUGUGUAGACCAGAUCAGAAAGAACGAAGCCUUCGCUGUGAUCGGAGUUGAGAUCGGAAGAGGACCAGCGACUCUAAAAGCCAAAGUUGACACAGGAUCUGAAGGGAACAUUCUUCCAUUACGCAUUUAUCAGAAGAUGUACCCUGAUCGCGUGGACUCUAAUGGGGAACCUAUCACAGGAAAGCUAAGAAAGUCACCGAUAACGAUAACAGGCUAUGGUGAAAAGAGUGUUAUUCCACAAGUAGGCCUACAUACGCUGAGCUGUAACCACCAGGACAGACAAGCAAAUGGAGAAUUCUUUGUGGUGAAGACUCAAAGACCAGCCAUCCUUGGACUUGAGUUGUGCCUGGAUCUAGGAUUAGUAGUCUUGAAUUGCAGUCUGAUGGAGAGCCAUGAUAGUCCCAUCAAAGAUAGAGAGCAUUUGAAGACUUUGUAUCCCGAUAGAUUUGAUGGAAUCGGAAAAUUUGAUGGGAAAUACCACAUCGUGAUCGACAAAGAUGCGGCUCCUGUGAUACAUGCAGUUCGACGAUGCCCGAUAGGCAUAAAGGAUGACAUCAAGAAAGAGCUUGAUGAGAUGGAGAGUCUUGAAGUGAUAGAAAGUGUCACUAAGCCAACAGACUGGGUAUCAAGCUUGGCAUACACCCAGAAGCCCAAUGGAAGAUGGAGAAUUUGCCUUGACCCAAAGGACUUAAAUAAGGCAAUCAAGAGAAGCCAUAUGCCGAUGCCAACCAUUGAAGAAGUCCGACACCAGUUUGAAGGAGCAACAGUGUUCAGUACCCUGGAUGCCAGACAUGGAUAUUGGGCUAUACAGCUAGAUGAAGAAUCAAGCCAUUUGACGACCUUCAAUAGUCCCUUUGGUCGUUACCGUUUCAAAAGACUACCUUUUGGCUUGUGUGUUUCUCAGGACGUGUUCCAGCAACGAAUGAAUCAAAUACUAGAGAAAUGUCCUGGAGUCAUAGGAAUGGCCGAUGACAUAGCAGUCGUAGGAAAGACGGCAGUGGAACAUGACGCCAACUUACACAAUCUGAUGCGCGUCGCAAAGGAGCAUGGACUCGUCCUGAACUGGAACAAAUGCCACAUCAAGCAAGACCGAGUGAGAUUCUAUGGCCUUGUCUUCAGCAAAGAUGGAGUGCAACCAGACCCACAGAAGACAGCAGCCAUAUCAGCCCUGAACGCACCACAGAACGUGACAGAACUCCGAGAGUUCCUAGGCAUUGUGACCUACAUGUCACCAUUCAUUCCAAGACUUGCCUCACUGACUGCACCACUUCGGGAACUUGUGAAGAAAGAUGUGAUAUAUAGCUGGACUGAAUCACAUCAGAAGGUGUUUGAGACCAUCAAAGAUAUGAUCUGCAAGGAGACCACACUUGCUUACUUUGAUCCAAAGAAACCUGUUGUCCUAGAAGUAGAUGCAUCGAUGAAAGGCGUUGGAGCAGCCCUCACACAGGAAGGGAGACCAAUAGCGUUUGCCUCAAAGUCCCUCACAGACACCGAGCAGCGAUACGCUAACAUUGAGAGAGAGAUGCUAGCAGUUGUCUACGCAUGUGAAAAGUUUCACACGUUCGUCUUCGGCAGAAGUUUCACUAUCCUCUCAGAUCACAAACCACUAGAGAUGAUCACUCUCAAGAACCUUGGAGCUGCACCACCAAGACUACAAAGACUACUGCUCAGACUCCAAGGGUAUGACAUGACAGUGAAAUAUAAACCUGGAAAGGAGAUGCUUCUGUCUGAUGCCAUGUCAAGACUUAAUCCUCUGCCUCCUGAGUCUCCUGAAAUGCACAUGAAAGUUGACUUUGUAAUGUUCUCAGACAAGAAGCUACUGGAGAUCCGCACCGCAACAUCAGAGGACUGUGAACUUUGCAUCCUGAGAGAUGUAAUCCUAGAGGGAUGGCCAGGAGAAAGGCGUAAACUUGACAAAAGCCUGAUCAAAUACUGGCCAUACAGGGACGAGAUGUCCAUUGAAGACGGGAUUAUCCUGAAAGGUUCAAGAAUUGUCAUCCCCAAAUGCCUGACAAAGGAAUACCUGAACAAGCUACAUGAGGGACAUCAAGGCAUCAUCAAAUGCCAACUGAGAGCAAAGAGCUGUAUCUUCUGGAAUGGCAUAAAUCAGGAGAUCGAGAUGAUGGUACGGAAAUGUUCUGUAUGUCAAGAAUAUGGGAACUCCCUGCCAUCAGAGACUCUGCAGCCACAUGAAAUUCCUGUCAGACCUUGGCAAUUUGUCACAACUGACCUCUUCACACUUGAUGGAAGAGAGUACCUUCUUGUUGCUGACGUAUACUCAAAGUAUCCAAUUGUAAAGCAGUUACCACAGCAAGCAACAAGUAGUGCUGUCAUCAGACUGCUUAAGGAAAUCUUCUCUGAACAAGGAACCCCCGAGAGACUAAUGAGCGACAAUGGACCUCAAUACAAUAGUGCCAUAUUCGUAGAGUUUGCCAGAGACUGGAAUUUCCAACAUGUAACCUCAAGCCCGAGAUAUCCACAAUCCAAUGGAUUUAUAGAGAGGCAAGUACAAACUGUCAAGAACACCAUGAAGAAAGCUAAGAGAGAUAACAUAGGCGUCAACAAGGCAUUGCAAUGCCUGAGAGCCACUCCAUUGGACAGCCAUCUACCAUCUCCAGCAGAGCUGUUACUGGGGAGGAAGAUCCAAACCAACAUACCGACCAGAAUUCGGAACCAGUCACCCCAAAAGGAUGACAUCUACCAGAGACUGCAGACCAGGCAGGAUGACCAGAAGAAAUACUUUGACGACAAGCACGCUACCAACCUUCCCCCACUACACAAAGGACAAGAAGUCAGAAUCCAAAAUCAAGAGACUGGUAGAUGGGACAGAGGAAAGAUCACAAACAGGAGACCAGAACCAAGGUCAUAUGAAGUAGAGACAUCAUCAGGUUACACUCUGCGACGAAAUCGUAGGCACAUCAAACCAACCCAAGAGAGGGACAGCAUGGAACAAAACCAUCAACAUGCUAGUGAUAGACAUAAUGAUGUACACGACCAGCAGAAUGCACAAACAGAACAAACACAAUGCAAACCAGACACACCAUCGAAUCACCACCAACCAUACACCACCAGAUCAGGUCGUACUAUUAAGAAACCAGAGAGAUACGAUAUGUAA